CCUCCUCUUUGCUCAGGAAGCAAGGGAACCACUGGCAACAGAGCGCAUCACAAGCCGCUAGCCGGCACGUCUAGUUUUCUGAAGCUAAAAGACACAGUGUGUUACUCUGACUUUCCUCCUUCUCAAACCGAGCACCUAUCGGACUCCCACCCCCCCGCUCCUCUCUAUUCCGCGUGCACGGCUGCAGCAGUUGGGACUUCUGCUACAACAAGACCCGACAAACUGCGAGAACUAGAACUACUCACAGUACUGCAGAACUGAAGAGGACCUUUUGAAGAACAAAGACAGAAACUACAAAGGGUCGACAAGUCCUUCUCCCGAACAAGAAGCUUAUGGAAACAGGAUGGAGGGGACUCUCCCAUCUCUAACACUCUAGAGCUGCCGGUUUUUCACCCCCACCCACCAUACACUGCUCCCCACUAUCUGAAGAAUACUGAUUUGUUUGAAAUGAUUGAAAAGAUGCAGGGCUGCAGAAUGGAUGAACAAAGAUGUACUCUCCCACCCACACUUAAAACUGAAGAUGACUACAUACCUUACCCCAGUGUGCAUGAGGUCCUGGCCCGCACAAGCCCGUUUCCCCUCAUUCUCCUGCCCCAGUUUGGGGGUUACUGGAUCGAAGGGACCAACCAUGACUUAAACAGCACCCCCGAGACAGAGCAGCUUCUUUCCCCCACCGCUCGCAUCAAACUGGAGUGCAACACCACCGCCAAGCUGUUUAGGAAGCACUUUCUGGGCAAGGAACAUUUUAAUUACUACUCCACGGACAGCGCCCUGGGACACCUGGUCUUCUCAAUGAAAUACGAUGUGAUCGGGGAUCAGGAGCACCUGCGUCUGCUCCUGCGAACUAAACUGAAAACGUACCACGAUGUCAUUCCAAUAUCCUGCCUCACUGAGUUUCCCAAUGUUGUACAAAUGGCUAAGCUCAUUUGUGAAGAUGUGAAUGUGGACAGAUUUUAUCCUGUCUUGUACCCCAAGGCUUCACGACUGAUUGUUACUUUUGAUGAGCAUGUCAUCAGCAACAACUUCAAGUUCGGAGUUAUCUAUCAGAAAUUUGGGCAGACAAGUGAAGAGGAGCUCUUUGGAAACAGUGAGGAGAGUCCGGCCUUCGUCGAGUUCCUGGAGCUGCUGGGGCAGAAGAUUGAACUACACGAUUUCAAAGGUUUCCGUGGGGGUCUGGACGUGGCACAUGGGCAGACUGGCACAGAGUCGGUGUACUACAACUUCAGAAACAAGGAGAUCAUGUUCCACGUGUCCACCAAGCUGCCAUACACCGAGGGUGACACACAGCAGCUCCAGAGGAAGAGGCACAUAGGAAAUGACAUUGUGGCCAUAGUGUUCCAGGAUGAGAGCACACCGUUCGUGCCAGACAUGAUCGCGUCCAACUUCCUGCAUGCCUACAUCGUGGUACAGGUGGUGAACCCCUGCUCCGAGAACACGCUCUAUAAGGUGUCUGUAACCGCCCGAGAUGAUGUGCCUUUCUUUGGACCUGCAUUACCGAAUCCAGCCAUUUUCAAAAAGGGACCAGAAUUCCACGAGUUCUUGCUGACGAAGCUCAUCAACGCAGAGUACGCCUGCUACAAAGCAGAGAAGUUUGCCAAGCUGGAGGAGCGCACGCGGACCGCCCUUCUUGAGACCCUAUAUGAAGAAAUGCACAUCAACAGUCAGUCAAUGAUGGGCAUCGGGGGAGACGACGACAAGAUGGAGAACGGGGCAGCAGGGGGAGGGGGCUUCUUUGAGUCCUUCAAGCGGGUGAUCCGCAGUAGAAGCCAGUCAAUGGACGCCAUGGGCCUCAGUAACAAGAAGCAAAACACAGUCUGCACUAGUCACAGCGGGAGCUUUACCCACAGUGCACCAGAGACCCCCAAAACCCCCGGGAUAUCAUUGCUUGUGCCAGGGAAAAGCCCCAGUAAAUAUGGACGCCGCGGCAGUGCCAUUGGCAUAGGAACUAUAGAAGAGUCAUUGAUUAUCCCGGGGAAGAGUCCAACUAGGAAAAAGUCUGGUCCCUUCAGCUCUCGCCGGAGCAGCGCCAUCGGGAUUGAAAACAUCCAAGAGGUGCAGGAGAGGAGCAGGGAAUGUUCCCCAAGUAUCCAGAGGACAACAGACAUUGGUCACAUAUCCCAGGAACCCAAGUCAGAUUCGUCCAAUCAGAGUUCACCUGAGAUGCCCACAACCAAGAACAGUUAUUCUGUGUAUUGCAGAGCUGCCUCCAUCCCCGAGGCCAAUGACCUGUCUCGCUCCUCAUCCAACGCUAGCAGCUUCGCCAGUGUGGUGGAGGAGAACGAAGUCCUUGAGGAAUACGACACCGGCAUGGAGAGCCUGUCGUCCGCUGGGACCCCUCACAAACGGGACUCCUUCACCUAUAGCCCCUGGCUCGAGGACAGUGUCAGCAGUGCCAGCGGGGGGAACUCACCAGUGCCACCGCGCUGCCCCCAGCCCGAUUCAGGAAAGCCAGCAGAGCCUUCGAGACCCGAGAUCCGGAUCAAACUUGAGAAGCCCCAUGAGCAGACGUCAUCGCAUUCCCAUAAGAAACACAAAAUCAAGGAGCUGAGACGAGCACGGAUGUUUGCCACGACAGACGAUGACAGCCAGCCUCCUGGGUUCUGAAACACUACUAGCAUCACUGCGAUAUGAGUAUUACACACAUCCUCCGGGUCACGCAGCAAAGGUGCCGGGAGGCACAGGACUCUGAACGUGUAACUAGAAACCUCAUACCACUGACCAUGUGACAUACCACAUUCCCAGCAGCCCUUGCAGGCUGCGCCAAGGGGCCCGCCUCGAAUCAAGAAGGACCUGAUUUGCACUGUGUUCAUGUUUGUUUGUUUAUUUAUCAGUUUUAUUUAACACUAUACCGUACUAAAGCUUUUGUCUGUAUAACUAAUGGACCAAGAAUGCUUUUACCUCCAAGUGAUAAACAACAGAAACGGAGACAUUUUAACUUUUUGACCACAAGGGACAGUUUUUACAAGAUGAUAAAUCUGAAUUGCCAACUCUUUCCAGGUUAAAACUAUUGCAGCUAUAAGGAAACUCCUGCUCCACUGCUCUGUUUACAGAGUUGAUCAACACCUACAAACCAGGUCAGAUUAGACAGUCGGCAAUUAGGGGCAGUUUCCUAAACUCACGAUUGACUUUGAAGUCGUGGAGCCAUUGGGAGAGUAGACGUCAUUGUGUCCCAGCUUGUCCUUCAUUGGGAGAGUAGACGUCAUUGUGUCACAGCUUGUCCUUCAUUGGGAGAGUAGACUCCAUUGUGUCCCAGCUUGUCCUUCAUUGGGAGAGUAGACGUCAUUGUGUCCCAGCUUGUCCUUCAUUGGGAGAGUAGACGUCAUUGUGUCACAGCUUGUCCUUCAUUGGGAGAGUAGACUCCAUUGUGUCCCAGCUUGUCCUUCAUUGCGAGGAUAGACGCCAUUGUGUCCCAGCUUGUCCUUUAUUGGGAGAGUAGACUCCAUUGUGUCCCAGCUUGUCCUUUACUGGGAGAGCAGACACCAUUGUCCCCCAGCUUAUCCUUUACUGGGAGAGCAGACGCCAUUGUGUCCCAGCUUGUCCUUCAUUAGGAGAGUAGACGCCAUUGUGUCCCAGCUUGUCCUUCAUCGGGAAAGUAGACUUCAUUGUGUCCCAGCUUGUCCUUUAUUGGGAGGGUCGUCUUCAGUCCAACCAUGACUGAAAGUGACUAGGAACUGGGGAAUCGUUAAAUGUAAUUCCAUCUGACCUUCACAAAUCAACCAAUAGUGACAGAAAAAUAAGACAGAUACAUCUUUAUAUUGUAUAGCAGCCAACUAACCAUGUUAAAACAUACCAACAUAUUGUAGUCAACUACAGUAUUUAUACUACAGGAGUCAAUGAAGGCAAGACCAGGUUAUAAAUGGACACAUCUAUGGAAGGGUGAGAAGCUGGGAAGCGGUUUUAAUCUGCAAAGCCAACUGGAGUGGUUUCAUCUGAUCUCCACUACCUUACACUGCCAGUGUUUUGCGUCAAAUCCGUCUUCCUAUUCAGCACCACGGUGUAAUAAGCAGGCUGUUUCAUUUCUUAUUCAUUCGUAAGGCUGCUCAUUUGACAUUCAAAACCAUAGAAAUUGCCCCACUAAAGAAGAUAAAGCUCUCAGCUGACAGUUAGAUAUCGAGCUAUUCCCCUGCGUCUUUCAGGGCUUAUUCAGCGAAUGCAAGCAGGACCUAGCAGGUAGCAGAUAUCACCAUUUCUGUUCCGAAUGAAGAGGCGCUAAAUUAACAAGUGGUUUUACUGUGUCAGUUCUGAAGCUAUAGGAGAAAAGCGUAUGCUAUAGGCAGUCACAGACUAGAUUUUAGCAUUUACCUAUAACCCAUCUUGCUAGAUGUACACAGAACAACAGGCCAGUCAAAGAAGGAUCUCAGACUAGAAGUUAUUAUUAUUUUUAUUUUAUUGAUUGUACAUAAAGAUAAAUUAUUUAUUGUCAUCUGCGUACUGAGGCAACUGGAAUUGCUGUUUUAAGGAGGAGACACUAGAAGGAAUCUAUUUUGGCCGAUUUCCCUCUGGGGAUGCACGGCUGUGCAAGAUACUUCAGAGAAGACACCCUUAAAGUACCAAGCGGUAAAUAUCACAAUGUUGUGUUAUCGCAGAAAUGUAUUUAUAAAAUGUAUGUGCAUUUGAUUUGUGUGUUUUGAUGUAUAUAUUAAAAGAUAAUGCUAUUUCAUUUUUUUUCUGCCAAAAUAUCAUCGAGGAGGGGUAUACAGGGAUAUUCAUCUUUAAACACUGCUGAAGGGUUAAUUUUCUUCUUUUAAGUUAAUUUAAUUGAAAGGGGGGGUUUGCACCUGUAAGUAAAUGUUACUGUAGCUUUUAUUUUAUUAGCCCUUAAAAUAGCUUAUGGGCUACAAUCUGUUUGACUGGAACACUAAACAUUUCCUGCAAAUGAAAAAUAAUAUGAAAAUUAGAAGAAAUGCAUUAUGUAAAGUUCAAUUUGAAUUAUAUAUAUAUAAAAAAAAUAAUAAUAAUAAUAAAAAAACUUAUACAGUAGUUACCAACAUAUUUUGGAGUGAAACCCACAUCCAUUUUCCAGUCCAACACAGCUGCCACAUUGAGAUUUCAUAAAAAAAUCAAAGUGCACCUCUGGUUAUAUAUUUGGCAGCUUUUCGAUCUGCUUUGUGAAUACAACGUCCGACAGGGCUGGGAUUCCACCUAGAAAGGCUUUCGAAGUUGGAAUAGGGUUUUGCACAAGCCAGAACUUAAACACAACUUUUCUUUGUGCGCUAUUUUUAAAAAGCUGCAUCAUCCUCCUAUUUUCCUUGGAAACUGUAAAACCAAUAUUUUCACACUAGGAGAGAAAAAAAUAAGACCGCCAAGCUGCUUACGCCUCUUAGCUGAGUCACAAACAAACUCACUUGAUGCUGUGUUUGUGAACCCAGCCUCUGUCGAGACGCCAUGUUUCCAUUUCACUGGCUCUCCCGUCACUGCAUUGAUAACACUGGGCAGGCUGCUGCUUUCCAUAGCCGUGUAUGUGCUGCUUAAAAUUACCAAACACAGCUGUUAGUAAACAAAUGCGUUGCAAAACUAUCUAUCUCAAAACCAUCAUCAGAAUGCAUUGGGCUUACAUGGAUAGGAAACAUGGAGAACUGUACAGACAUGGGCUAAAAAUAAAAUGUGACUGCUUCACAGGAGAAUCCUGUUGUAAAUUGAAAUUUGAAAAGACAAUCUAGUCACAAAAAAUCAGAGAAUUAAGCAAGAUGGUGCACUGCCCCAAUGAAAGUGCAAAAUAAGGAGAUAUAGACUGGUACCGAAAACACAGAUCGACAUCAUAGCUUUUGGUGUAAAGCUUCUUAAUGUUGUGGUCUGUGAAAUAUACAGCUUGUGUAGACUGCUUAAAGAAUUAGGCAAUGAGGUUGUGGCGCCCUGUGGCAUAGUCAUGUUCUAUGUGUGUGUGUGUGUGUGUGUUUUUUAUUAUUAUUAUUAGUUUUUUUUUUUU